CCAUUGACUUGAAAACAAAGCCCAAAGCCUUUUCACAGUUUCAGACACUAUAUAAAUUAUAAUCUUUCUUUCUUUCUCUCUCUCUCUCUCUCUCUGUGACCGAGUAGACUCAGACACGGUUGAAUGCUCAAACGCAUAUUUCCCGGCAAUCGAAUUCCGUCACUUUCUUGGGAAUUCUCUAUCGAAUCGCUUUUCUCACUUUGCAUCUGAGCGGAGCGGAUCAGAUCACGGAACCCUAGCCGUUGAUCUGGAUCCAGCCCACCACCCCCACCAACUAUGUCUUCGUCCAACAAGUCUCUGCCUUACUCCACGAAAGAUGUUCACUACGACAACGCCAAGUUCCGCCAUCGAUCCUUCUUCAAGGUUCUUUAUCAGACCUUCUUCACCAGUAAUGUCAAGCGUACUUCUUUAAGUUGUAGUACAGGGAAGUUUUUAGCAUUACUAUUGAUCUUUGGUAUAGCAUAUCUUAUGCUUACACAUACAAGUCCUGCCAAUUCUGUAACUGAUAGACUAGGGAAAGGUGUUAAGAAUAGUAAAGAUAAGUUCGUUUCAUAUGGUGGCAGCAGGUUGGGGAAGCUGCUGAGAAAACCGCCAAGGCUUCCUCCUCGAUUAUCACCUGAUCAAAAAGGUUUUAAUAAUAGCUCUAGUCAUGAGUCUGAUAAGCUAAAUGCCGGGUCAAAAUGGAUAGCUAGGCAACAAAGUGUUAAGGAUGCUUUUAUCCAUGCAUGGUCUGGCUAUACGAAAUAUGCGAUAGGUUAUGAUGAACUUAUGCCAUUGAGCCAGCAUGGAGUUGACGGGUUAGGAGGUCUCGGUGCUACCAUUGUGGAUGCUCUUGAUACUGCCAUGAUAAUGGGUGUUGAUGAAGUGGUCUCUGAAGCUGGCUCAUGGAUUGAGAAACACCUUUUAGAUAGGAUUACUAAGAAAGGCCAAGUCAAUUUGUUUGAAACUACCAUACGUGUUCUGGGUGGUCUUUUGAGUGCAUAUCAUUUGAGUGGUGGGGAACAAGGGAUGAAAUUGACACAUACAGGGCCUAAACCAACUGUUUAUCUAGAAAUUGCUAAGAACUUGGCCGAUCGUCUCCUAUCUGCUUUUACUUCCAGUCCAACCCCUAUUCCCUUUAGUGAUGUUAUUCUGCGUGACUCCACAGCACAUCCAGCUUCUGGUGGAUUAAGCAGCACUUCAGAAGUUUCCACUUUACAGCUCGAGUUCAAUUAUCUCAGUGCCAUUUCUGGUGAUCCAAAGUACAGCGUGGAAACCAUGAAGGUCUUGGAACACAUAAAGACUCUCCCAAAGGUGGAAGGACUGGUUCCUAUCUACAUUAGUCCUCAGACUGGUGAAUUUAGUGGAGAAAAUAUAAGAUUGGGAUCUCGUGGUGAUAGUUACUAUGAGUACCUGAUCAAAGUGUGGCUUCAGCAAGGAACUGCCCAAGAUAAUAAUUUGACUUAUCUAUAUGAUAUGUAUACGGAAGCAAUGAAGGGUGUUAGGCACCGUCUAGUUCAGAAAUCAAUUCCAAAUGGACUAGUUUUUGUUGGCGAAUUGCCUUAUGGAUCUGAGGGUUCUUUUAGUCCAAAAAUGGAUCACCUGGUGUGUUUCUUGUCUGGUACUCUUGCUCUUGGCGCCACUAAAGGCAUUACAAAGGAAAAGGCAAUGAAAGACAAUUUGCUUAACUUUGAGGACUUGGAAAAUCUGAAGCUUGCAGAGGAUCUGGCUAAAACAUGUUUUGAGAUGUAUGCAGUUACUUCUACUGGUCUUGGUCCAGAAAUUGCGUACUUCCAUACAAAGGAUUUUUCUGAAGGAGGUCUAGAUGGUGGGAACAAGAGUUCGGAGUUUGUAAAGGACAUAAUAAUCAAGCCUGCUGAUCGCCAUAAUCUUUUGCGUCCUGAAACUGUAGAGUCAUUGUUUUUCUUGUAUCGUAUCACAGAAGACCCAAAAUACCGCGAAUGGGGUUGGCAGAUCUUUGAAGCAUUUGAGAAAUACACAAAAGUGGAUACUGGUGGAUACAGUUCUCUUGAUGAUGUUACAACAAUUCCCCCCCAUAGAAGAGACAAGAUGGAGACCUUCUUUUUGGGCGAGACACUCAAGUAUUUGUACUUGCUCUUCGCGGACAGCUCACUCAUUCCAUUGGAUAAGUUUGUUUUUAACACAGAAGCUCAUCCUUUUCCAAUAAAAGGCACUAAGAAUGAUUCUUAACAAAUUGAAGGAUUUAUGCAAAAGGAAAGCUUGCACAAAAUGAGAAACUCAAGCAUUUUGUAGCGUGCACAGACUGGAAUGCUCUUUCUGAGACUGACUGCUGUAUCAUUAUGUGGUCUUGUAGCGUCUGUUCCCAUAGGAAGUGAAAGUGACUGGUUAAGUUAUGAAGAAGUAUAGGGGUCGUUUAAUUUGUUUCUUUUCAUAUGCGAUGCAUCAGUAAUCAAAUCUGCAAUCUUCUACAUCACCAGCAAUAGCUUGGAGAGAGACUUUUUUUUUUUUUUUUGAAAUUUGAUAUACUUGUAGAGAAACUGUAAGAUGUAUUGUUGUAAUGGAUGUUUUAAGUAAUUACUGGAUGGGGUUUUGCCCAUCAAAAGUAUUGAGUAGAAUUCCACCUUUUGUAA